AUGCCAUCGUCGAAAGAUAAAGAUAAAGACAGUAAAACGCCAAAAAAGGCGUCCACUGUGACAAAAGCCAAAACAAAAGAGGAUCAAGAUGUAAAAAUUGCUGAUGAAUCAAAAGCAAAGGAACUAUCAAAGUCAUCUUUGCCAUCCACUGGCACUGUCGCAUCAAAAUCAACUCGUGUAACAAAUACAGUAGGCAAUUCUUCGGCAUCACAACUUGAUUCAACGUCUGGCGCCACGACAAUAUCCUCUUCUCAUCCUCCACAAACACAAUUAACUAAAAUUCAACCGAUGCCCGGUGUACCCCAUAUUAGAAGAGAUAAUCAUCGUAAUAGUUCAAGAUUUAAUAUAACAAAAAAUCGUGAACUUGUUAAGCUUCCACCUUUAAAAGAAACAUCAGCAAAUGAACGUGAAGCAUUAUUUGUACAAAAACUACAGCAAUGUUGUAUUAUCUUUGAUUUUCAACUCGAUCCACUAUCGGAUUUAAAAUGGAAAGAAAUUAAACGUGGUGCUCUCAAUGAAAUGAUUGAUUAUAUUACAUCAAAUCGUGGCGUUAUUACGGAUUCUAUUUAUCCAGAAGCUGUUCGAAUGUUUUCAAUUAAUUUAUUUCGCACGUUACCACCGUCAUCGAAUCCAUCCGGAACCGAUUAUGAUCCGGAAGAAGAUGAGCCAAAUUUAGAAGUAGCUUGGCCACAUUUACAACUAGUAUAUGACUUUUUCUUGCGGUUUUUGGAAUCACCCGAUUUUCAACCAAAUACUGCUAAACGUUAUAUCGAUCAAAAAUUUGUAUUAAAUCUUCUGGAUUUAUUCGAUAGUGAAGAUCCACGUGAACGUGACUUUUUAAAAACAAUUUUACAUCGUAUUUAUGGUAAAUUUCUUGGUUUACGUGCGUAUAUACGUAAACAAAUAAAUAAUACAUUUUACAAGUUUAUCUAUGAAACAGAAAGACAUAACGGUAUAGCUGAAUUAUUAGAAAUACUUGGAAGUAUCAUAAAUGGUUUUGCAUUACCACUUAAAGAAGAACAUAAAGUAUUUUUGAUUAAAGUGUUAUUACCAUUACAUAAAGUGAAAACAUUAAGUGUUUAUCAUCCACAAUUAGCUUAUUGUGUUGUACAAUUUCUAGAGAAAGAUCCUAGUUUAACACAACCGGUGAUACUUGGCCUGUUAAAAUUUUGGCCUAAAACGCAUAGUCCAAAAGAAGUUAUGUUUCUUAAUGAACUGGAAGAGAUCCUUGAUGUUAUUGAACCGGCAGAAUUUCAAAAAGUUAUGGUGGCAUUGUUUAAACAAUUGGCAAAAUGUGUUUCAAGCCCACAUUUUCAGGUUGCUGAACGAGCUCUAUAUUAUUGGAACAAUGAAUACAUAAUGAGUCUAUUAACUGACAAUGCUACUGUUAUAUUACCAAUUAUGUUCCCAGCGUUGUACAAAAAUACAAAAACUCAUUGGAAUAAAACAAUUCAUGGUCUUAUUUAUAAUGCAUUAAAAUUAUUUAUGGAAAUGAAUCAUAAGUUGUUUGAUGAAUGUACACAAAAAUAUAAAGUUGAAAAGCAAAAAGAAAAGGAUAAAUUACGUGAACGUGAAACGGCGUGGACAAAAAUUGAAUCAAAAGCAAAACAAAAUCCUAGUUACAAACAUUUUGCGAAUAAUCAACCCGAGUUAUAUCGUCCAAAUGAAAAUGAUGAUGAAGAUACAGGAACAGCAAACAUAACGGCAAAAGAAAUUGAACAAGAAGCAAGAGAAGCUAGUCGUUCAAUGAACAAAGGAAAACCAAUGUUACGACGAAAAAGUGAAUUGCCGCAUGAUUAUUCAACAUUGAAUGCGUUAGAAAAACACAAACGUCCAAAUGAUUUUUUAACAGCAUCAUCUGAAACAAAUUUAAAUAAUUAA